CUCCCCAGGGUGAUGGAGUUUUUGCCUCCGUUCCAGCGGGUGGUGCAGCCCGAGGAGAUGUGGCUUUAUAAGAACCCGUACAUGGAGGUGGAGCACGUCCCCACUGUGCCCAUGUUCCUCAUCGCGUUCCUGUCCCCCGCGCUGCUCAUCGUCCUGGCCAGGGUGCUGCUGAACGCUGACCGGGAAGACACCCAGGAAGCCUGCCUCGCUGCCAGCCUUGCGCUCGCCCUGAACGGGGUUUUCACAAACGCCCUGAAGCUCGCUGUGGGCAGGCCACGGCCGGACUUCUUCUAUCGCUGCUUCCCAGACGGACGAGCGAACGCGGAGCUGGUGUGCACGGGUGACCCUGACGUCGUGACCGAGGGACGCAAAAGCUUCCCCAGCGGACACGCUUCGUUCGCCUUCGCUGGCCUGGCCUUCUGCGCCUUCUACAUCGCCGGGAAGCUGCGCUGCUUCGCUCCGGGCCGGGGCAGCCGGGCCCUGCGGCUCUGCGCCUUCCUCCUCCCGCUCUCCCUCGCCACCCUCAUCGCCGUGUCCCGCACCUGCGACUACAAACACCACUGGCAAGACGUGUUGGUUGGCUCAGCCAUGGGCCUGGUGCUGGCGUACCUCUGCUACCGGCAGUACUACCCCCCUCUGACGGACUCCACGUGCCACAAACCCUUUCUGUGCAAACCCAGGCAGCUGCCAGCGCCCCAAGGAAACCCCGCAGCGUCCGGCUUCCACCUGGACAUUUAG